AUGUCUUCCAGUUCUGAACACUUCCAGACCGCGAGCGACUUGUGGAGAAAAGCCCAGAGUCUUAAAAAUGGCAGCAAUAUAACCAUUACGGGGAAAGAGCUUGAUAUCGCCACCGUCUUUGCAGUCUCACAAGGAGGCCGCCAGCCCUUCCUUACCGAGGACAAAGCCACCUGCGCACGCAUUCACGAAAGUGUGGAACAGUUAAACCACUAUCUCGAGAAAGGCCGUGCCGUCUAUGGAGUCACUACAGGAUUCGGUGGAAGUGCAGAUUCCAGGACGAAAGAGGUACACAAGCUGCAGAUUUCGCUACUCCAACAUACGCAAAGCGGAGUCAUUCUUGCAUCUGACCAAGUUAUAAAUGAUGGAAUCGCCGAACAUCAUUCCGAGCUGACAUCGAUGCCAAUGUCCUGGGUCAGAGCGGCGAUGUUGGUGAGAUGCAACGCAACUGCUCGGGGCCAUUCUGCAGUGACCAUGGGCGUCCUACAGGCCAUCUUGAGACUGCUUCGACAUGACAUCAUUCCAAUGGUGCCGCUGAAGGGAUCUAUUUCUGCGUCCGGCGACCUGAUGCCACUUGCAUUCAUGGCUGGCGCUAUUGAGGGCAACCCAGAUAUCAAGGUUUGCCAGCGACAAGGCGAAUCUCUCAAGAUCCUAUCCGCGGAAGCAGCUCUGGAACUACAUCAAAUCCCAAAGAUAAGGUUUGGACCAAAAGAAGCUUUGGGUCUUGUAAAUGGCACGGCCUCAUCGGCUGGUCUGGCUUCUAUCGUCAUGUACGAGGCACACCAUGUGGCAACACUAUCACAAGCAUUCACAGCGUUGGUAGUAGAGGCAAUGCUUGGAAACUCGGAGAGCUUCCAUCCAUUUAUCAGCGAGGCACGACCCCACCCCGGUCAAAUCGAGGUCAGCCGUAAUAUCUUAGCAAUGCUGCAGGGCUCAUAUCUGGCAAAGGGUAUUCGUAACAGCAAAGACUAUGCCCCGGAAGGACUUGUCCAGGAUCGAUAUGCGCUCAGGAGCACACCUCAAUGGAUUGGACCGCAACUGGAAGAUCUUCUCUCUGCUAAUAAACAGAUCACCACUGAGUUGAAUUCGUCGGCAGACAAUCCUAUCAUCGAUGCUGAAGCCCAGGAGGUCUACUACGGUGCAAACUUCCAGGCCGCAGCAGUUACUUCUGCCAUGGAAAAGACACGCCUCGCGAUACAAAUGCUUGGAAAACUGUUCUUUGCCCAAGCAACCGAACUCAUCGAUGCCAAUCUCAACAAUGGUCUGCCCGCAAAUCUUUGCGCUGACAAUCCCAGCCUUUCCUUCACUAUGAAGGGCGUCGACGUUAACAUGGCAGCGUACAUGUCCGAACUAGGCUUCCUAGCCAAUCCAGUUAGCACCCACGUACAAUCCGCCGAGAUGGGCAACCAAUCGAUCAAUUCACUCGCCCUUUUGUCUUCCCGCAUGACCAAAAAGGCUGUGGAGCUAGUGUCCCUGAUGGGCGCCACCUGUCUCUACGUCGGCUGUCAGGCAUUGGAUCUUCGAGUCAUGCAAAUCGAAUACCUUGACGAACUGUACUCAAUCUUGCAAAAUGAUCUAGGAUCGUUCUUCGCCUCGAGCCUGGAACCGAAGGGAAUCGAGUCAUACAAGAUGCAACUCCGAAAGCAGCUUACAUCUUGCUGGCGAGCAUCUUCCCGUCUGGAUAAUGCAGAGCGUUUCAAUGCAGUCGCUGACGGCGCUGUCCUCUCGUUGCUGCGCGUCCUCAAGAACUCCAAUCAAAUGCCUUCUGAGCCAUGGGCGCUAAGCUUGGUGCAAACCUGGAGAUCGAAUGUCGAAAGCAAAGCGACCAGCAUCUACGAGGUCGCUUUCCGCCGGUUUUGUGCGAAGCAAACCACAGAACAGUAUCUUGGAGUCGGGUCCCGAGCGCUCUACCGCAUGGUCAGAAAAGAGCUCGCCGUACCAUUUCAUCAGGGUUUGGGUGAGCACCCAGGUUCAGAGGAUACCGUCAUAUACGGCGAGAAUGUGAGGCCGAGAAAGAUCAUCGGCAACUGGAUUGCUACGAUCUAUGAAGCCAUUCUCGACGGGAGGAUGAAUCAUGCGUUGUACGAUAUUCCACGAUAG